UUUUUUCCCGAAAUGAAGCCAAACACACCUUAGCAGAAGCAGCGAACAUCGGCUUUAAUGGCGGAUGCAGCAGAGUCCCAUGGCGGCGGAAACGAACCCCAGCGAGUGCUGGAGUUCUACAGUGGAAUCGGCGGCAUGAGGUACUCUCUGAUGCGAGCAGGGGUGAAAGCUCAAGUGGUUGAAGCAUUUGAAAUCAAUAAUUUCGGUCAUCGUCCUUUUCAGGGAAGUAUUCAAUGCUUGACUGCGGCUGAUCUCGACGGCUAUGGCGCAGAUGCAUGGCUUCUUUCUCCUCCCUGCCAACCUUACACGCGGCAAGGUCUCCAGAAGGACACUGGUGAUGCUCGGGCAUUUUCUUUUCUUCAGAUUCUUGAGCUUAUGCCAUUCUUAUUGAAGCCUCCAAGCAUGUUAUUCGUAGAAAAUGUUGUUGGCUUCGAGACAUCUGACACACAUGCAAAACUGAUUGAAAUAUUGGACAGAACAAAUUUUGUUACACAGGAGUUCAUUUUGAGCCCACUACAGUUUGGAAUCCCAUAUUCUAGGCCUCGAUAUUUUUGUCUGGCUAAGAGAAAGCCCUACUCUUUUGUUAAUGAAAUUUGGAACAGACAACUGAUUCAAUCUCCAAGACCAUUAUAUGAGCAUUUUGAUACAGCGUUUAUUGAAGAUGAUUUAUUACAAGAGGACAGGAAUAAGUUGUUGCAGUCAUGUCAGCCUAUUGAAAGUUUUCUUGAGUUAAAGAAUCCUAGCAAUAAUAUUGAGGCUGAAUCUGCAACUUUGGGCAAAGGUGACGAUAAUGUCUGUGACUCUUUACAGCAGUAUUAUGUUCCCCUGAGUUUGGUUGAGCGGUGGGGAAGUGCUAUGGAUGUUGUCUAUCCUGAUUCAAAGCACUGCUGCUGUUUUACAAAAAGUUAUUACAGAUAUGUGAAGGGAACUGGAUCCCUUUUGGCGACUGUUCAGCCAAAGAAGAGGGACAAAGCAUCAUUGAAGGAGCAGUGCCUUAGAUAUUUUACCCCUAGAGAGGUUGCAAACAUUCAUUCGUUUCCUGAAGAUUUCAAGUUUCCAGAUCACAUUAGUCUCAAACAACGGUAUGCUUUGCUAGGAAACAGUUUAAGCAUAGCAGUUGUUGCUCCCUUACUUCAGUAUCUUUUCGCCAAUCCGUAGUGAUUUUCGGUCACAUUCAUAUGAUUCAUUCACUAGUAGCUGAUAUUUUCGAAUCAUGCCAUUGCCUCCUACAAUUUUUUGCAAUGACAAUCGGAGAUCCUGCAACUGGUUCAUUUCCCCGAAAACCACAUUCAAUCAUGUGAUCGUAGUUAUCAAUACUGACCCUAGGUGGUUGUGAAAUGUAAUCGGAAUUUGAAAGGGAUUAGAAAUGUUAUAUUCAAGCAUGUUGUGAAGAAGAAAGGAUAGGAUAUUGUGAACUGCUUGCUUACGUGGCAAACUUAUUCCUUUAUUUGCAUUAUUGAUUAGAAUUGAUAGCAAAUGAUCACAAACCACAAGAAAUUACUCGCGUUAAUUGCAGGGUCAUGAUCAGUUUUCGUCA